AUGGCUCCUGCAUUGACGACGGAGCCGAAACGGCCUAUCAUCAUUGGCAAUGUGGCCGGCGCAAUGGAAGACUGUCCUUAUGCCAUGCAUCGCAUGGUGACAGAAGGCUACCUGGAUGCAAUCGCUGGGGACUGGCUCUCUGAGUUAAACAUUGCUUGGAACGCCAUUCGAAAGCACAAUGACCCCACCAAGGGAUACGAGGUUGGCUUCCUCGAACAACUGGACGACUGUAUCGACAUUAUUGCGGAGAAGAAGAUAAAAUGCGUGACUAAUGCCGGAGCCCUCAACACACCCGAAUGUGCGAAGAAAGCAAUGGAGAUCUGCCAGAAGCAUGGGCAGGGUCAUCUGAAAGUCGCAUAUGUCCAAGGCGAUGACAUCUCUGAAAUCGUUGUCGACCCAGCUAGACAGCAAGAACUCGGCGGUAUCGUUCAUCUCGACCACCCAGAACGGAAAUUAGAGGAUUGGGAUAGGAAACCCUACUGCGGUGUAGCUUACAUUGGCGCAUGGGGAAUCGCUGAGGCUCUACGACGCGGUGCAGAUAUCGUUAUUUGCGGCCGUGUCACAGAUGCUAGUCCAGUCAUUGGGCUUGCUGCUUGGUGGCACGAUUGGCCGCACGAUGCUUGGGAUCAAUUAGCCGGUGCCUUGAUCGCGGGACACCUGAUUGAAUGUGGUCCCUACGUGACGGGCGCAAACUUCUCCGGAGUGCGACCAUAUCUAGAUGGGCUUGUGGACCUGGGAUUUCCCAUCGCCGAAAUUGCCCACGACGGCACCGUUGUCAUCACAAAGCACCCAGAAGCUGCAGGAUUUGUCGAUGAGAUGAAUGUACGAGCACAGUUUCUCUACGAGAUCCAAGGCACAAAGUACAUAAACUCGGAUGUCUGCGCCGAUAUUGAAAACGUUAAAAUCGAAAACACCGGCAAAAAAGACCGCGUUCGCAUCUCGGGUGCGGUUGGAAGCCCGCCACCACCGACGACCAAAGCCAUUGUGGUUGCAAUCGGGGGUUACCAGGCUGAAGCUACUUUCUACAUGAACGGAUUGGACAUCGACGCCAAAGAGAGAUUCAUGCGCCAACAAUUAGAAUACGCCUUUCGAAACGCCAAUUUCUCCGAACUUAGCAUCGAACGCCACGGGUCUGCAGCUGUCAACCCACCUCGUCAGUCGCUAGGAACUGUUGGCUAUCGGGUGCUCGUCAAAGGCAGGAAAGCCGAAGAUAUCAGUGAGGAGGUGUUUCGAAAGCACGUCUACGCACUCCGAAUGCAAUUUUACGCAGGGUAUCAUAUGUCACUAGAUUUCCGAACCAUGGCCCCCAAGAUGUUUAUGGAGCUUUUCCCCGGGGUUAUUUCUUAUACUUCUUUGCCACAUCGAGUGGUAUUCGAGGGCAAAAAGAUUGCGAUUCAACACCAUGGCAUCACGGAACCACCGCCUGGUAAGAGACCUAGCAAGGAAACCGACAACCCUACGCCGCUCGAGACAUUUGGAGAGACUCGAUUUUUCCCUCUGGGUUCUGUAGCCCAUGCGCGAUCUGGGGAUAAAGGAGACAAUUGUAACGUCGGCUUCUUUGUCCGGAGUGCCAACGAAUACAAGUGGCUCCAGUCAUACUUGACCGUCCCGAAGAUCAUCGAGUUGAUGGGAGAAGACUUCAAGGAAGGCACUACAGUCGAGAGGUGCGAGUUUCCUCAGAUCUGGGCUGUCCAUUUCCGAUUUCUUGACUUUCUAGGUGGAGGUGCUGCCAGUAGCACCAGAAUCGACAUGCUGGGCAAAGGAGUGGCUGAGUAUCUGAGGAGCAAGUUUGUGGAUGUUCCCGUUCAGUUUUUGGACAACCCCAUCUCGGUGGCGUGA